CACCACCAUUACCAUCACCUCCACCACCACCAUUACCACCACCAUUACCAUCACCUCCAUCACCAGCACACCACACGUACGCACGUACGUCUACUUCCUCGUCGCCUCCUCUCCUUCCGCUCGCCACCUUAAGUCCAGCGCCCAACACCCCUCCUCCCUCGCUCGCGAUGCUCUCCCGCCGUCAAGACCCACCGUGCCCGUCCGGGAAACUGUACUGGACGUGCAUCUCGACCCCGCAGGAAUUCCACGGCUGCUGCGUGGGCAACCCAUGCCACAACUCCGGCAUCUGCCCGGACGACCCGAAUCACCUGUCGACGUCGGCGCUCUCCAUGCUCACCACCGCGACCCGCACGAUCUCCAACAUCAACACGCCCACGACCACAGCCUGGUUCGCCUCCUCGACUGGCAACCCCACGUCCGCGCCCGCGCCCACCGCCACCCCCGUCGCCGCCAUCGUCGGCGGCGCCGUCGGCGGCUUCUUCUUCAUCCUCGCGAUCGGCUGCGUCUGGCUAUUCGUUCUGCACCGACGGGGCAAGCAGCCAUCGGGCGCGGGCAAGAGCGAGCACGUGCCGCUGAAGCUCGCGCACUCGCGGAAUUCCAGCGUCGACACGAGCCAGUACUCGCCGCAGCCGCAGCCGCUCGUGUCCAGCUGGCAGAAGCAGGGACAUCUCUCCCCGCUGCCGUCGCCGUAUCUAGACUCUCCCGAGAUGGCGGCCGGAAGUAUGCAUAAGCGCAGCUAUAGCAAUACUAGCUCCGUCCCUAGCCCGUAUCUGCAGCAGCAGGAGGAGUCGCAGGAGAUUGUGUACUCCGAGCUCCCUGCUGCGUGUGUGGAUCCUGUGGAGCUCGCGGGCGACCCGUUGAUGCCACAGCCGCAGCCGCAGAGCUUGGGCAGGAGGAGGGAGUGGAGUGAGGCGCAUCAGAGGGAUUGGGACGAGCAGAGGUUUGGGAGGAGCCUGGAUGGUGGCACGCAUGCGCAGCAGCUCUAUGACCGGCCGGACGCAUCGGAGGACGAGGACGAUGCGAUGGGCUGGCGGGAUGAUGGCCGUGGCAGGCGGCAAUGAUGAACUCUUCACUAUUUCCACUAUUUCCACCAUUUUCUUUUUUCUUUUUCCUUGCAUAGAAAAACGGAGUCGGCGCUUUUCCUUUUUCCUUAUACCAAUUCGAUUUCUUCUGGUUUUUUUUGCUUCUUGUUUCAUGUUUGUUUCUUUUCGGUGCUGCGGGAUGGUUUUGGUUUUGGUUUUGGUUUUUGAUUUUGUUUUCGGCAGGGAGGAGUUGGAAAAUUGUUUGGGUUAUCUCUUUUUCUUCUUCUUUUCUUUUGAUUCUACUACCUAUACCGAAGUACUCUACUGUAGUGCUGUCUACCUAUCAAUCAGUGGAUCUAGAUCUGGAACCUGGU